AUGCCUUCGAGGACAGGUUCACACAGGCCAGCCGGCUUUUGCAAGACUUUAUCGGAGAGGGGUUUACUCCUGCUGAUGGUUUUGGUGCUUUUGGAGGGCUCCGUGCUUCCUCUCGGAGCUGCCAGCUCUCCGGAUGUCAGCCAACAUGAGGACUCAGGCAACCACAAAGUGACGGCGGAAAAGCAAAACUUCACCAAAAAGGCUUUCCCUGUGCUCAUCCUCGACUACCACCACAUACAGACCCCCUUCGAGAUUUCGCUAUGGGUGCUGCUAGCGUCUUUAAUGAAGUUAGGGUUCCACCUGAUCCCUCGUCUGUCCGGCAUUGUGCCAGAGAGCUGCCUGUUGAUUGUGGUGGGUCUGCUGGUGGGGGGGCUCAUCACUCUAGCUGGGGAAAAGGUCCCCCCAGUACUGGACUCCCAAUUGUUCUUCCUCUGCCUGCUGCCACCCAUCAUCCUGGAUGCUGGCUACUUCCUGCCCAUCCGUCCCUUCAUGGAGAACGUGGGCACCAUCCUAAUGUUUGCUGUGGUGGGGACCUUGUGGAACGCCUUCUUUAUCGGGGGCGUGCUGUAUGCUGUGUGUCAGAUCCAGCCGAGCAAUCCAUCUGACCUCCACAAACUCGAGCUCCUGCCUUGCUUGCUGUUUGGCUCCAUCAUCUCAGCUGUGGAUCCUGUUGCUGUGCUGGCUGUGUUCGAGGAGAUCCAUAUCAAUGAACUGUUGCACAUCCUGGUUUUUGGCGAGUCCCUGCUCAACGAUGCUGUCACUGUUGUGCUAUACCACAUAUUUGUGGAGUUCUCAAGUGCUGGCACAGUGACAGUGAUGGACUGCUUCCUUGGUAUCCUCUCCUUCCUCGUGGUUGCAGUGGGUGGCAUUCUAGUUGGAGCUAUGUAUGGGAUCCUGGCCGGUUUCACCUCACGCUUCACCUCCCACACGCGUGUCAUCGAGCCACUUUUUGUAUUUGUGUACAGCUACAUGGCGUACCUGUCAGCUGAGAUGUUCCACCUCUCAGGCAUCAUGGCGUUAAUAGCAUGUGGGGCGGUGAUGCGACCGUAUGUGGAGGCCAACAUAUCGCACAAGUCCCACACCACCAUCAAGUACUUCUUGAAAAUGUGGAGCAGCGUCAGUGAGACCCUCAUUUUCAUCUUCCUGGGAGUGGCCACGGUCGGUGGUGACCACAAUUGGAACUGGACCUUCGUCACGGUCACCAUCAUUCUGUGUCUGGUGGCACGAGUCAUGGGCGUGAUUGGUCUGACAUUCGUGAUCAACAAGUUCCGUAUUGUCAAGCUGACCACCAAGGACCAGUUCAUAGUGGCAUAUGGUGGCCUGCGAGGUGCCAUCGCCUUCUCCCUGGGCUUCCUGUUGGAUGAGGAUCACUUUGGGGCAUCCUUGAGAAAGAUGUUCCUCACUGCCAUCAUCACUGUCGUCUUCUUCACUGUCUUUGUCCAGGGCAUGACCAUCAAACCUCUGGUCGAGCUGCUGGCAGUGAAGAAGAAACAGGAGGCCAAGCGCUCGAUUAAUGAGGAAAUUCACACCCAGUUCCUCGACCACCUGCUGACUGGAAUUGAGGACAUCUGUGGACACUACGGACAUCACCACUGGAAGGACAAGUUGAACCGCUUCAAUAAGAAGUAUGUGAAGAAGUGCCUGAUAGCAGGCGAGCGCUCCAAGGAGCCUCAGCUCAUCGCCUUCUACCAUAAGAUGGAGAUGAAACAGGCUAUUGAAAUGGUGGAGAGUGGAGGUGGGGUCAAGCUGCCUUCUACUGUGCCCUCCACAGUGUCUAUGCAAAACAUCCAGCCCAAGAAGCCCCCUGUGGCCAAGGCUGCAGAAAGGGUUCUACCCCAGCUGCCUAAAGGCCGAGAGGAGGAGAUCAGGAAGAUCCUGCGGAGUAACCUUCAGAGGACACGACAGAGGCUGCGUUCCUACAACAGACACACGCUGGUGGCUGAUCCAUACGAGGAUGGAUUUGGUGACUUCCUUAUCAAGAAGCAAAAGAUGAUUGAAUUGGAGAAUAAGAUAAAAGAAAUGAAUAACUACUUGACGGUGCCUGCUGGUUCUCCGGACUCCCCCACCAUGUGUAGAGCCAGACUGGCCUCAGAUCCUCAAGCCUACAGCAUGAAGCCAUCAUCAGACAGCGUGCCCACCAUACAGGUAGACCUGGCCUCUCCUCAGUCUCCAGAUUCUGUCAACAUGAUGGAUGAAUUCAGACGAGCCGGCAAGCAGCAGGAGGAAGACGGCGGCCUGAUGAUGAAACCUCCCGGGCAAAGUGGGUCUAAUAAACCAAGGGAAACAAACGGAGACAACGAGAAGCAGAAGCUGACGAGGUGCCUGAGUGACCCUGGUCCCAGUGCAGACGAGGAUGAGGAUGAACCCUUCCUGCCGUAA